AUGACUUCUCAACAAAGUAUGGAAAAUAGAUACACACAAAUUCAUUCAAAUUCAUCAAAGGUAGAUAUAAAUUAUAAGAAAGGAAUGAAUCCAAUUGAUACAAUUGAUACCAAUUUUAUAGGCAGCAAUAGUUCAAAUCGAACACGCGUUUUAACGCCACAAGAAAUAAGUAAUACAUUUCGAAUAAUGGCUUAUCGUAAAUCUGAGAGACAAGUUAGAGGUCGAUAUCGAAGACGAUCAUAUACAAGAGUAUUUUGGUUUAUCAUGUUUAUGUUAUUAUAUUUAUCAUUGAUUGGGGCCGGAAUUGGUGGUUUAUUAAAGAACGUUAGCACAUGGAAAAGAUGGCCAGAAUUCGCGACUUUCGUGGUGGCAGUUUCUUUGUUGAUGUACGUUUAUUAUAAGAUAACCGAAGUCGUAAGAUGGUGUUUUUAUUGGUUAGCAAUUGCUACUAUAAUUCUUUUGGUUAUAAAUCGAGGUUCGCUCACGCCUGACGACAAGGGUCCUGCACAAACUCUUAGGGAUGUUAAAUGGUUGGACACAAUAUGGUGGUGGAGAAUAAUACAAUCAAAUUAUAUUGGUUCCUAUAAAGGAGAUGCCGUUGGAAUUUUUCAUUAUUUCGCCUGGGAAAGUUAUAGCCUUUGUUUAAGGCAUGGACUUGUAACUUAUGUUGGUGAGGUUAAUGCCGAAGGCCGACCUCACGGACGCGGUGAAUGGGUUGAUGAUUCAUUUGAUGGAGAGUGUUUAAAAGGUAUUUGGGAAGACGGAAUGCCUGUUGGACCCUUUCAGGCAAGAGGCACAGGUACAGGAGACGCGUUUCAUGCGGUUCGAGUUGGACUUGUAAAAAAUAGAUAUACUCCGUGGGAUGAAUGGAGGUUUUACCCUAGACCCUAUAAAAGUGGAUUAGAUAUAAUAGUUGCUUCUGUUGAGUGCUCUGUUUCUGGCAAAUAUUUAAAGCAUCUUCCACGAUCCACAUUAUUAAUUCCACAAAAAUUCGAUGAAGAAUCAAAUAAAUUAACGAUGAAUGAUUGUUUGGAAUAUUUGACAACAUUUGUUGCCUCCAUGGGACCUGAUUUUGAUUCCAAUGAUGUGACGCAAUCGUCAGUGAUAAUUAGAAUGAAAGAUGAAGGAUUUGCGAUUACAGGGUAUUACCCCAUUGAUAAAAGUACCUCACGUAAUGAGGUAGUUGUAAGAAGGGUUCCUAAGGAAACAAGUGAUCAUUUUAAUAUCGAGUAUACUCUCAAAAUAGACGGCUGGAGACCAUAUGGCACCACUAGUGCAUCGGGACAUUGCGAGGGUUUAUUGGAAUGUGUCGUUUUCAUACAUGGGUUCAAUUGUCCGUCAAAGUUUGCCUUGGAAACAUUUGGACAGUUUCUUGCAUUGGCCGAUUUUCCUAGUUACAUAAAACCCUUUGUGUUCUCACCAGCGAGUACGAAUUCUUUGUGGUAUUUUGGAGUCAAAAAGCAAGCAUCUUCGGAAGAAGCGAUUAAUGAUUUUCUGACAUUUUUACAAGACCUUCGCGAUGCAGGAUUUUGCGCAGUACAUAUAUUGAGUCAUUCGAUGGGUUGUAUGUUGGCACUUCAAUAUGCAAGAGUAUUUGAAGAAAUUUUUCAAAUGAAAAGUUCAGGUAAAGGUCAAGAUCCGGAGGGAACAUUAAUGAAAUUAUCGACGGUUACUUUGCUUAAUCCUGAUACCUCUUUAAAUAAAUUCCUUAAUCAAGAUUAUGCUAAUUUGAAUAGAUAUUGUGAUCAUAUUACAAUAUAUUCAAAUGAAAGAGAUUUUGCAUUGAAAAUAGGGGAAAUCUUUGAACGUGAAAAAAGUUUGGGAAGACAUACACGUGACAUGAAAUGUCGUGAUGGAAAAUUUUUAAAUGUUGAUUUGAUUGAUACAACGCAAUUGGAUGUUAAUAUGCACAAGAUUAGACAUAACUUUUUUAAUUUGAAUAGAUUGUUGGUAGAUGAUUUACGAGACAUUAUAGUCUUUGGUAAAAGAGCAAAGGAAAGAAGAACAAAACUGAGUAGAAAAGUUAAAGGUGUUGGGUUGGAAGGUAUUGUAUAUACUUUCUUGGUUGCUCCAAGUUACGUCGUUAAUAAAUGA